AUGUCUUCGCCGAAUCACGGUGUUGGAGCGGUUAACCUAAACCCUAUCACACAGCCUCUACAGGCGGUAAGUUACCAACUGCUUCAAGGCGACUACCUCUCUCCGUUGGAUUACGUUAAAGCAACCAACCUGCAGAGUGCCCUUAUUCCACCAUCGGAUCAUCAAUUGGAUUUGGAUACGAGUUCUUUGGACACUCUUGUAAAUAGCAAUAACAACAUCCUUAUGCACAUCUAUAACAGUGAAGUGGACCCUUCCUUGACGUCACGUCAUACAAAUUCUAUGCUGAAUAGUAUCGACGACAAUAUGUUGAAUUCGCAGUUAUUAGGAGACAUUAAGAGCGAACCGUCUGUGCACCAUUUGACGUCUACUUCGCUGCCGGUAUCAGUUCCAAUGGAUUAUACCAUUCAUAAUGAAACACCUAACGUUGCCCAUCCACAAUAUAUCGUUACAACCCAACCGGAUAUGAUGUUACCACAAGGGAUUGGAUAUCAGCAUCAUGGGGUAUGUUCCAAUUAUUCAUAAUC